UCAUCUUAAGCAGCACAGAAACACAAACUGUCCUUUUUAAAGAAAAUCUUUGCCUGUGUAGGUACAAACGCCCAAGAUUUUCCCCUUUAAUACUCAACCAUUCACAAGAACAGAAAGGACGGGGAGCAAAGGGCCGGGCUCUUACUAACGGGGUGGUUCUGGGCAACCCGGGCACUUUGUGCCAGGGAAGGACAGGUUCCUUUGCCCGGCUCCUGCUGGAGUUUCACCCUGGGAAGACCCUUGCAUGACCUGCAUUUUGAGGUUAAGCACCAGUUUCUGGCUGGAUUGGGGCAUGCUCGCCAUCGGGGUGACCCCGCACCAUGGCUGGGGGCAGCUCAUGGAGACCCAUCCUAUCCCGACCCGUCCUGUCCUGCGCAGCCUGGCCAGCUCUGCCCAGAUAAACACUGACUCAUGCUGUUAUUCUGUCCCACCCUGGGCAUAGCCAGCUUUUUUAAGGCUGCCUUUUCCAGCUAUUCCUUUUUUUUCCCAUUCACAUGGGCGGGGGACAAAGCCUUAGCCGCUAUGCGGGGAGCAGCCAGGGGUGCCGAAGGCUGCCAGGAAUGGGGGUCCCGAUGGAGCAAGGAGGCUCUGCGGCGGUGAAGCAGGGAUGCGUCCGAGUGCCAUGGAUGCAGCUCCGUCCCUAGACCUGCGUGGAGGGACCUGCCUUUGUGCCGUGGGACGCUGAACCGCCACCUCUCCCCCCAUCCUGCCGGGCAUCCAGCUGCGCCGGGAGCACGGCCGCCGCGCCGGAGAGGAGAGCAGAAACACACAGAGAAACAUCACCGGCCAGAGAGCCCGGGACUGACCAGGCUGUAGUUUGUUUACAGACAAUGGCGCUUUCCAAUUUGUCCAAUUACUUGGAUGAUGUUGAUAACUACAGCGACUACCCAGAUUACACCUAUGAGGAGACCAGCAGCGUGUGGACAGACCCGUCCUACGACCCGAAAGACAUUGCGAGGAUCCUCUCUGUUGUCAUCUACAGCGUGUCCUGUGUGUUGGGCAUCCUGGGGAAUGGCCUUGUCAUCGCAAUCAUAACUCUGAAGAUGAAGAAGUCAGUCAAUGCCAUCUGGUUCCUCAACCUGGCUGUCGCCGACUUCCUCUUCAACAUCUUCCUGCCCAUAAACAUUGCUUACACGGCUAUGCGGUACAACUGGAUCUUUGGGACAGUCAUGUGCAAGUUGAACUCCUUCCUCCUCAUCCUCAACAUGUACACCAGUGUCCUUCUGCUCACCACCAUCAGCUUCGAUCGCUAUGUGUCAGUGGUUUUUCCUGUCUGGUCUCAAAACCAUCGGUCGACCAACCUAGCAUAUUUAGUUUGCUUCAUUAUCUGGACCGUUGGCAUCAUUAUGAGCUGCCCAUCUCUUGUCUUCCGAGACACAGCACAAGCCCGCAACUCCGUGAUUUGUUUUAGCAACUUCUCCCUCUCCAGGAAUAAGUCUUACCAAGCCCUGGCAUUAAUGAGGCACCGAACGGUGAACAUCACCAGGUUCCUCGCUGGAUACAUCCUUCCCAUAACCAUCAUCACUUUCUGCUACAUUGCCAUUGUCUUCAACUUGCGUCGAAACCGCCUUGCCAAGUCCAAAAAGCCUUUCAAGAUCAUCAUCACCAUUAUAGUUACCUUCUUCCUUUGCUGGAGUCCCUACCACCUGCUGAACCUCCUAGAAACAGAGCCCGACAUGAUCCCACGCUCCGUGUUUGAGAUCAGCAUCCCCAUAACCACUGCACUUGCUGCCUCCAACAGCUGCAUGAACCCUGUCCUCUAUGUCUUCAUGGGCCAGGAUUUUAAGAAGUUUAAGGUCACCAUCCUUUCCAGACUGGUGAACGCCCUCAGUGAGGAGACAGGCCACUCCAGCAUCGUUCACAGGAGCUUCUCCAAGAUGUCUUCAAUGACUGAGAAGGAGAUGACAGUCCUCUAAACUCAACCUGAAUGCCUGCGGGAGGGCCACAGUCCUCCGGUGUUGCCCAUGCCCAUCACUAUGAUGGUGGCCACCCUUGCAGUGGCCCCUGGUGUGGGACGAGCAUAGUCCAACACUAUCCUAUAGCGUAUUCUUUGACUUGUCUUGCUGCCUGGGGGCUGGCAGGUGUUGGAGAACACGGCUCUGUGCACGUGGAGAACAUACAACCGCCCUUAAUCUUUCUUUGCGGUUGCAAAGAUGAUUGCAUUGAACUAUUUAAGAAAAUAUUUCAGGGCAUUCCUGUCUAAUCUAUGCAUUGCCUGGCCUGACAAGGCCAUUCCUGCCAUUUCCAGAGACAUCGUUAUGGGGAGAUUGGGUGAAGGAUGUGUCUGGGAAGGCACCUCCACUGCCAGGCUCCCAAGAUGGGUGGCUGAGUGGGCACGCGCCGUGGAUGAUACCUGCUAUGACAAAACUGGUGAUGCUCUUCCUAUGUCCUAUGUAUGCAUAUAGCUACUCAUGUUAAAGUCCUAAAGUAUAUUGGUACUAGCACAAUAUGUUUUUAACUGUUGUGAGCACUUUGUACCCAGAGAGGCCCAGGGAAUUGUCUUCAUAAGAGGGGUUUGAAUAUCCCAACCUCAAUGAAGCUUGAAGUCUCGCAUGUCUUCUAAGUGAUCCAGACCCAGGGCCACCUGCCAGGGUGGGGAUUGGACUCGUGCAUGGGGUCACUGACAUGGAAAACUGGGAGAAAAAAGAGGGAAAGAUUCAUUUGAAGUGUCUUUUGAACAAACCCCACUUUGAUGGGCACGUUUCAUGUGGUAUAUUUUGCAGAGCGAUUUGAUGCUUGGGGCCGUCAGUCCCAGCAGCUCCUUGCAAAGUGCCUGGGUGGCACUGGGGACCAGGUCCGUGGGCUGGGCACUGCAGUGCUGGGGGAGGACCUGCUGUCCCCUCCUGGAUCCAGGUGGACCCGAGGACUGGCUCCAUUGAUGGCUGCUCCCUGGUGUGAUCAGUCGGUCCUAUGGGAAGAUUUUGUCUCUUCCCGACCAGGCAGCAAGCCCAUCACUGGUGGGAGACUCUGCCAACGCACACAAAUCUCUGCAGUGAAGGAUGAGCCAAGCUACCAUCUCUAUCCAAUUUCAUGCACAGUUAAUUUGGGAGUUCCUUCACCGUUUGGGCUUCUUGACUAUGACACCAGUGUCACGCUUAUUUAUGUGUUGGUUUCUCCGUGUCACCCAUAGCCUCUCACUCCUAGGAAAGCAAGGAACAACCGAGUCCUCCACCUGUGCCGGGAGCCGGAGCAGAGCUGAUCCCUGGAGCUGGGUUCAGGCAGUCCCCACUGGCACCAGGGACAUUUCAGAGGGUCCCUGGGGCUCCCAGCCCAUGCGAUGCCCAGGGCAGUUUUGUGCAGGAGCUGGCACACUGGCAAUUGAGAGUCUGCUCACAGGUGCCCGCAAAGGCUGAGAUAUUUAUUUAUGGCUUUUUUUUAAAAGACAAAAAACAGAAAAAAAAGUGCAGAGGCAGCUCCCAGGAAAAGGCACAGAGCUAUUUACAGGCUCCUGUCAGCAGCAGAUCAUGCUAGACACAGAUAUAAACCAAAUCACAAAGCCCCAGUAAUUGAGCUGCAGCCCUGAGCUGUGGGAACGCUGCAGAUAAUAGCGGACGCUACGGUGGGAGCUGGAUUUCAGACAGAUUAUCAGGCAUCCCCUCUGCCCCCCGCACUGUCUGGCUGAUCUACCUUGAUCUGCAUAACCUCGUUAGAGUGGCAUGGUGGGGAGAGAGGGGAGCACCUGCACCCCAUGGUGCUGUCAGCAUGCUCCUCUCCCAUUACAUGGGAGCAGAAGGAUGAGGUGCUGCCUGCAGCAUCCCUGCCCAGCGCUGCCAGCCCCUGGCACUGCCUGCAUCUCCCCUGGGAUAGGGAUGCUGAUGGAUCUGGUGCGUUUGGCUGCAGUUUUGGUGCUGUCGGAUGGUGUGUGCUGGGGCAUAUUUGUCCCCCACACUGGGGCAGGGAGGUGCCCAUCCUUGCUAGGGUUGCAGGAGAUACUGCAGAUCCGGUCUGCUAAAAGUGGGGUGCAGAGGGGUGGGGGAUUUAUCCUGAAAAUAAAGCGUGUCCAGCCUGAACCCAGAAGGGGAACACAGCAGAGAGAUGGGGAUUAUAAGGGAAAUUAAUGGCAGAUUGGUGACUGCCACCUGUUGGGUGCUGCUCUCAAUAACACAGGGUCCUGGGCACUCAGCACCCAGAUGCAGGUGUCUUUGCAUCUCCUCGGGGCUGGGAACCGGCAGGCUGAGCAGCACCGGCUGCUUGCCCGGGGAGCAAUGCCCUGUCCCUGGGCUGCACCAUGUGCCAUGGCCAAGCCUGGGGCUUCUCCCUGUGCUGAGCUGCCUGCAGGGACCAUCCACAAGUUUUUUUUCCCCACAAAACCUGUGCACAGUCCAUAGCCUUGGAAGAUGCUGUGACCGAGGAGGCUGCAGGGGAAGAAGGCUUUGGCUGUGGGAGGAGGCUCCCCUUGCUCUUGCUACACAGUAUUUAAUUACCUGCUGAAAGAUCGCAGGGUUCCUGUUAGCAGUCAGAUAGGACAGAUAGGGCAGACAGACAGACAGCUGCUCGGAGAGGUGAGGGGGACAGGCAGAACUAGCAGAGGCAGAGCAGGAACCCAGGAUCUGUUUGGGGGACAGGGGGAACGGGGUGCACCCCGGAGCCAGCAGCCACUGAUGCUGUUUGGGCUCGGGGUUUGGGGCAGCUGAAGAAGUGGGGCAAGAAGCAGCUGGUGCUGCUGGGACAGGACCCCAGGACGGGUUUGUGGACAGAGUGGGUCAACAUGCAUGGGACAGGGGGGGAGCUGGGCAGCCUGUGUCCCCCCCAGGACCCAGCGCCAUACUGUUGCCCCUCGGUCUGGCAAUGUGAUGCUCCCAGGCCAUGCUGGAGUGGGGAUGCUCCUCACUAAUUUUUGUGGCUGGAUUUUGCAAGCCCAUCUAUUAUUACUGCAAACAGCUUUCCAAAAAAAAAGUGAUGACUUGGUACAUAACCUUGGGUUAAAUCAUCAUUAUAAUGACAGCUUGGGAAACCUAAUAUUUGAGUUUGUCCUUGUAGCUGUUUGCCUAUUUAAUAAAAAACCUGUUUUACAUACAAA